AUGGCAGCCGACAUUGUUAUUCUCGCCGUUCUCAUCCUUUUGAAUGGCUUUUUCUCCCUGUCUGAGAUGGCAAUUGUGUCAUCCAGGCGGCAGCGCCUGCUUGGCCUUUUGACAAGGCAGCAAGAGGCCGGGAAAAGCAGCACCGGCGGUAUCGAACUCGCGAUCUCCCUGAACCAGGAUCCAAGCCGUUUCCUAUCUGCCGUCCAGAUCGGCAUCACCCUGGUUGGGGUCUUUGCGGGUGCCUUUGGUGGCGCCACUUUGGCGGCCCCCUUGGGCGAAGUUAUCGGCGGGUGGGAAAUGCUGGCCGAAUAUGGCGAGCCCAUCGCGUUCGCCCUUGUUGUUAUCAUCAUCACCUAUUUCUCACUGAUCAUUGGCGAGUUGGUGCCCAAACGGGUCGCCCUGUCCAACCCGGAGCGGAUCGCGAUCAAGAUUGCCCGCCCGAUGGUGGCAGUGACCCGCGCGCUCUCGCCCGCUGUGACGCUGCUGUCUUACUCAACCGAAUCUGUUCUGAAAGCCUAUGGCGCAACGGGUCAGGACGUGGUUGAGGUGACGGAAGAAGAAAUCAAGCAUCUGGUGGAAGAGGGCGUUGCCACCGGCGCCGUCGAGAGCGUCGAGCGCGACAUUGUGAACCGUGUGCUCGGAUUGGGCGACACCCGCGUUGGUGAGGUAAUGCGCCCUCGAACGCAGCUGGUCUGGCUUGAUACGGAUGCGAGUUUUGCAGAAAACAUGGCUCUGAUUCGUGCGAACGAAAGUCAGCGCUACCCGGUACGUAAAGGUCCGGAUGGUCCGACAGUUGGCAUGGUGCGCAUGGAGGAUCUGUUCUCGAACAUCGAGAAAGCGACCAAUGAAGCACUCUUCGCACGCAUGACGCCGCCUCUCUACGUGCCGCGCACCUCUACCGUUUUGAAAGCACUCAGCCUGCUUCAGGCUGAGAACAAGUUCAUGUGCUUCAUUGUCGAUGAAUAUGGCGACAUUGUUGGCACGCUGACCAUGGCCGAAAUUUUCUUUGCCAUGGUAGGCGAUACAUCUGCCAACGCCUCUGACAACAAUACCGCCAUCGUACAGCGGGAAGACGGCUCCUAUCUUGUGGAUGGGGUUGUGUCCGUUGACGAAGUGAAACGUCUCCUGAUGCUAACAAGUCUGCCGGGCGACAAUACCGGUGAUGUGAACACGCUUGCUGGCGUUAUGCUGCAUUGGUUUGAGCGCUUGCCGACAGAGGGUGAUUACUUCGCAUGGAAUGGCUACCGUUUUGAGGUGGCUGAUAUGGAUGGGCCGCGGGUUGAUAAGAUUCUGAUCGUGCCGGCGCAAAACCUGCCAAUUGGUGAUUUUCUCUCCGGCGGUGCAGAUGGUGCGCCAUCUGCUGACAGUUCCUUGCUCUUGAAGGAAGCGGACGCAGCCAAAGCGUGA